GACAUGGGGAUUGCGCGCCUGUAUUGAAGGUGAAUUUUCGACACAUCCUCAUCGUUGUUAGGCCUCAAACCCAUCGGGUUGGACAUCAGAAUAAUAUUGUGUGAAUCCACAGCUGUUCUUCAAAUUAGAGGUAUAAUCCCUAAUUGAAAGAUAAACAUUUGAGUCCUCGUGCGAAUCUAUCCAAAAUAGAGCGUGUCUUGCCAUUCUUCCCCUGAAACUCGAGAUUUGUUUGAGGAAGUCGUUUCUGAGCUUGUUCAAGGUCAUCAAGAAGGAAAAAAAGCUACAAUCAACAGCUGCACUCUCAAACCUACCCAGAAAAUGAGUUAUGCCAAUGGAGGAGGGUCCAAUGGGUACUCCACACCCAAAGGAGCGCCCAUUCCAGCCCACGACUUGAGUGGACAAUCGCAGUUUUCAAAUGGAUAUACAUAUGGCGCUAAUCCUCCUCCUGGGUGGAGUCAGUAUGUGGGUCCAGAUCAUAAGGCCCCUCCUCCCGUGGCUACGCAAUUGGUGGUUCCCAGUGAGUUGUCGGACACUCAGGUUACCUUGACUUGCUACAACUGCCAGCAACACGUGACCACAACAACAAAAACUGGACCCUCUCCCUGGACUUGGGCGUGGUGCUGCUGCUUGUGCACUUUUGU